AAUGGAAAUUGAAAAAGUCGUUCAAGAAAAGACUGAGAUGCAGCGUCAUUAUGUGAUGUAUUACGAAAUGUCUUAUGGACUAAACGUGGAGAUGCACAAACAGACUGAAAUUGCUAAGAGACUGAACGCAAUUAUUGCGCAAAUUUUACCUUUCCUAUCGCAAGAUCACCAACAGCAAGUGGCAACGGCCGUUGAGAGAGCCAAACAAAUUACAAUGACUGAACUCAACGCUAUAAUUGGGAGUAAGCACGAGUCAGACCCAAGCGACACGAGCAAA